UUGAAACGUGGUUGCCCCAUGAAAAAUGCAAUAUUAAUAUCGAUGGUUUUCAUUCAUUUUCAAAAUGUAGAAAAACGGUUUCUCAAAAUUCGCGUAGAAGUUCUGGUGGUAUAACUAUUCUUGUUAAGUCAACUCUUAAAAAAGGGAUAAAGUUUUUAGACAAGGAAAGUAGUGAAGAGUUUAUUUGGUAUAAAUUGGACAAAACGUUCUUUAAUCUCAAACAUGAUAUUUUCAUUUGCACUGUAUACAUUCCACCACAGAAUUCAUCACGCGAAUCACGAUUAAAUACUGAUCAUUUCGAAAACCUCCAAAAUAAUAUUUAUAAGUUUGCAAGCAAGGGCAAUAUCAUUUUGUGUGGAGAUUUUAAUGCUAGAAUAGGUGUUGUAGAAGAUUUUGUUGACAAUAAGUUCUUGGAAGAUGAUAAAUAUAUCACUCCAUCAUUAGACCAGCGAUAUUCAAAAGAUCACCAUGUUAAUGCUUAUGGGAAAUCCCUUAUUGAUCUAUGUAUUGGCAAUGGUAUGGCUGUUUUAAAUGGAAGAACAAACGGUGAUCUCCUUGGGCAAUUUACCUGUCAGACCUACAACGGGGCAAGUGUGGUUGACUAUGUUGUUAUCUCGCACAGCUUGCUCUCAUUUGUUGUAGGCUUUAAUGUUGAAGAUAUCACUGAAUUUUCUCAUCAUUCAUGUCUGUCUUUUAUACUACAGAUUAAAUAUCCACAAAACUCAGGUGAUACUUUCAAAUUAACCCCUCAUAUUAAAUCUUUUAUUUGGAAUGAAAGUCAAAAGGAUGCUCUAAGAGAAUGCAUGAGUUCGAACGAAGUAGAAAAUAAAUUAGAAUCGCUAUUUUUCCAACAUAAAGGUGUAUCUAGUGAUGAAGCAACCUACACAGAUAUACUUGUAGCUAAUUUCUCAGAAAUUUUGUCCGAUACCUCACAAAAAGUUCUAAACAUUAAGAGGCAAAAGAAAAAGAUCAAAAAAGGUAAUACCAAAAUGAGACAGGAAUGGUAUGACGGAAAUUGUCACAAUCUGAAAAAGAACUUGAGAAAUUUAGGUAGUCUACUCUCGAAAUUUCCCAACGACAUUUACUUACGUCAUCUCUUUUUUGCAAAAAAGAAGGAAUAUAAACGUACAGUUAAAAAACAAAAAAGACAAUUUCAUAAUUCUAUACUAAAUAAAAUUGAAUUAUUAUCAGAAAACAAUCCUAAAGAUUUCUGGAAACUCGUUAACUCCAUAAAAGCUCAAAAACCUAGAAUUUCACACGAAAUUCUACCAUCUGAAUGGUUUGAUUAUUUCAAAAACCUGAACAAAAUAAAUAUCAAUACUGAAGUAGCAAGCAGUGAAGCACAAAUCAUAAAAGAUUUUAAUAUCUGGGCAUUAGGUACAAAUGAUACUCUUGACAGACCAGUAUCACUGGAAGAAGUGUACACAUUAUCAAAAAGAUUAAAGAAUAAGAAAGCCAGUGCCAAUGACUCGUUGUCCAAUGAGAUAAUUAAACUAGCAGUUGAGGUUCUGCCAUCCUACUUUGAAAAACUGUUUAAUAAAAUCUUGUCCAAUGGACACUUCCCAUCACUUUGGUCUAAAGGUUUUAUAGUCCCCAUUUAUAAAUCAGGAAGUAAUAUCGACCCGAAUAAUUAUAGAGGAAUAUGCAUAAGCAGUUGUUUGGGAAAAUUUUUCACAUUAAUCAUGAAUGAACGACUAAAUAAAUAUCUAGACGAAAACAACAUUAUGAGUAAUUCCCAAAUCGGAUUUAGAAAAAAUUAUAGGACAGCCGACCAUCUAUUAGUUUUGAAAACUCUAAUAGAUUAUUACAAAUCAAAACGUAAACCAAUCUUUGCUUGUUUUAUUGACUUCAAAAAAGCUUACGAUAGU